GAGGAAAUGCCGAAGAAAGAGGACUUGGCGCAGCCCUCCGGACCUGAUCCAGGGGGUGAUGGGGAAACUGAACUAAGAAAUCGAAAGCAAGGUCGACAAAAAUCGAAGAGUAAAACUGAGAAAACAGCCAAGAAAGAGGAAAAUGAACAAGCGGCGCCGGGUACACAAGAGUCCCAACCAGAGCCUCCGCCACCACAACAGCAGCAACCUGCACCGCAACACGUGCCAUAUCAGCAACCUGAUGUUUUGUACAUUCCAGCCAACAGGGUAAUAUUUGCCAUCCCCAAGUGGAUAUGCUAUCCAGUCUUGGUGAUUUUAGCCAUUGGCUUCAUUGCCUUGGGUGGCUACAUUGGAGACAGGGUAUGGAAGCAUUAUUAUGGUAUCAUCCCAUGGGAUCCAGAAUCAGGACUGAAAAACGUCAUUGGUGAUGCAGGAGUGGAAUUUUUCCGCCAGUAUGACCGGGAUAUGGAUGGGAAGUUGUCCUUGGAGGAGUAUGAGGCUAUGUACUACAAACUGAUAGGAGAUGGUGUAAAUAUAACAGCACCAGAAGAAUACAUGCUGUUACUUGGUGAUGAUGAUGAGGUUUUAACUGCCAGAGCUAGCUUUAAACCUCUUGUUUUGGAAACCAUGACAAAGGACACCAAUGAGUCGUUCCUCUCUGAUAAUAUGGAUUCCCUUAUUGGACUAAAGAAAUGGACAGCUCUUUCUCAAGAAUGGAAUAACUAUGGAGUCCAACAUUUCAAGGAAUCCUUUUUCCCACAAGAUGCACAAUUGCUUGAGAAAGCAGGGGAUGUUUUUGACAUCUAUACAAUGGAUGAAGGGAUUUUUGCCAAAUUUGACAUACAGAUGAAAUCCAGCAAUCGCUACAACCCACCAAAGGUGGAGAAGAGACUGGUUCUCAUUCACCGUCUGUUGACCAUGUUCCAUCCUCGUCCAUUCCUGAGGACAAGAUUUGCUCCACAGGGUGCCAAAGCCACUGUGAGGGCAUACAAUGACAAAUACGUGGACAUAGUAUUUAGGAUCCAUGCAGAAUUUCAGCUCAAUGAACCACCAUAUUACCCAUUUUGGUUCACACCAGCUCAAUUCAAGGGUAAUCUAAUCAUAUCGAAAGAUGGCUCACACAUCCAGUAUUUCCACAUGUAUGUUCCUACAGACAAACGGCUCAAUAUCGACAUGGAGUGGUUGAAUGGACCAGAAACUGGUGAAAACAUGGAGGUGGACAUCGGCUUCAUUCCUCAGAUGGAUAUAACAAUCACAAGUCCAUCCAAAAAGGUUUCUAAAGAGGACCAACAGAAAGAACUACCAGAGGACAAGAACAUGGCUAAGACUAUCCAGAACAUGAAAUGGACAAAGGAAAUAUCCAUGUAUGAUGCAGAGAGAAAUCUAGAAAUAGGUUUUUAUCCAUUUAAAAAGAUAGUGUACCACAACUUCACAGAUGCAUUUGAAGUAGCAAAGAAGGAAAGGCGUCUGGUGCACCACAUCUUACUUUGGGGUGCAUUGGAUGAUCAGAGUUGCUGAGGUUCUGGGCGUACCUUGAGGGAAACAGCCCUCGAGAGUACGCCCAUCCUGGCUCUCCUCAACGAGAGCUUCGUGAGCAGCUGGUCACUUGUGGCUGAUUUGAAGGAACUUGAAAAAGAUCCUCAUCAGCCUGAGUACAGCAAGGUAGCCAACCAUUUCCUGGAGAACUACAAGUUCCCUGUGAUGAUGAUGGUGGCCCUGCCUAAUGGCACAAUCCUUCACAAGGUCAAUGCCAAUGAAUUCAUGGAUGAGGGGGCAGAUGGGGACACCGAGCCCUCUCUAUUCAGCACUCUGGCUGGGACUUUUGGGGAAUUCCUCGAUAAAGUCAGUCCUAAACCCAAGAGAAUUACAGCCUCAAGUAGGUUAGGAGGCCCGCAAGGGGACACGAUGUGCCCCAGGUUAGAACAAGAUAUGGAGAAAUUUAAAGCAGAUGGAUUUGAUGGUCCACAGCAAUACCACUACAUGAAAUUCCUACAGCAUGCCAUACAGAAAUCAGCUCCUUUCAUGCCUGAUGCAUAUUUUAAAGACGUGUAAAAAUUGAAAGUUAUCUACCCUGUCCAUUUUUGUUACAGAUUCGAAGAUCCUCAUACCUAUCAUUACCAUGUUUUUCUGAAGGAAGGAAUUAAAAGGGCAAAAGAAUACCAGCCAUUCACUGAUUAAACAGGCGUUCAGCUUUAAUCUGUUUUCCACUCAUGGGAUGAACAUGUAAUACACAUAUUAGUUUCUUGCAGUUCAUUGUCCAUUUAUCCCGUAGGGUGGGAAUCUUUAUUCAUUUUCAUAAUGUAAUCACAUAAGUGUAUAAUCAUAAUUUUUAGGGGAUAAGGUUUUUCUUAUUUCUAUUCAAAUCUGUUAUGAAAUCCAUUUAUCUACAAUAGCUAUAUCAAUUUAUCAUAGGAAGUAUUUUCUGAAAAUUUAAGUUCUGAUAUUCUGAUUGCCCCCCAAAAAAAAUCAUUACAAGAAAGGUAUUGAACAUAAAAGGAUUGGUUAGAUUAUAGUUAUAUAUAUUGAAACUGAAAGUUGGUUUUUUGUUACUUUGAAUUAAAGGUUGGUAUGUGUAUAUGUCUAUGGUAAAUGUGAAUGAAGUCAAGACUUUUUUGUAAUUAUUUAAUGGUUUCUCAUUUAUGUUUAUCUUGUGAUUUAUUCACAUUUCUCUGUGAGAGUAAUGAUUUUUCUAUUGAUUUUUGAUUAGAUGAAUUGAAUUGGCAGUAAAACUUGUAUGCUUGAUUUCCCUGUAAAAUUUGAAAACUUAAAAAAAAAAAACACCUCCUGAUGGUAAUAUCAGUAAUUUAUCCAUAGUCACAAACCAAAAAGUAAAUUACCAUGGUUACAGAUACCAGUAAUAUAAAGAGGGGAAACUGUAGCACACAGGUUUUACUGCUGUCAUCACAUUAUGAUGUUUCUUGUGGAAUACCACAUUGAGAGUAACUUUUUUGCUCAUUGAUGGCUUGGCUGCCAUUAUUUGUAAUGAAGGCUUUGUCCAAAAAGUACCCAGUACUUGGCAUGGCUGGAGGAAUUAUAAUGGGCAGACAACUCAUCUUUGAACUUAAAAGCAACUAUCAAUGUUGUUUUUUUAACUU